AAAAGAAGAAGAAAAAAAAACACAAACCAACGGCUGGAAAGUGUUUGCCGAGCCGGGGAGACGGAGCGAGGAGACCGAGGGUGGAGACGGAGAGUGGAGCAGCUCACGCACGUCGGACGACUCGAACGCGCCCGGCAGUUAUAUAUAUAUAUAUAUAUAUAUAUAUAUAUAUAUAUAUAUAUAUAUAUAUAAAAAUAUAUACAUAUUAUAUAUAGACAGGAGAACCGUGUGUGUGUGCGCCUGUGCGCGCGCGCGUGUUCCCGAAAGAGUGACCCGUGGCUGCUCGGGAAGUGAAGAUCACAGCGACCCACCUGGAUCCGGUGCUGUAACCCGAGCCUGAUGCACACCGUCCAACCGGGUCCGUCCGGGCGUUUUCCCUCCCCCGUGUGAGUACGACAUCGAACACACCGGAGCCGUUUAUUCGGGAGCGCACCGGCCCCGGCGGAGCGAUGUUUGUUUGACAACCGCCGUGUGGUUUUGCUCUUUGAGACGGGAGGACGUUACCGGGAAGCCGCGGGGGAAAGGCGGGGCCGAACCGGCGGACUCCCAGACUGGAUUACUGACACCCCCCCCCUCUUUCUCCCCCUGUGCCGAAUAACCCACAGCGACGCAGCAUAUAUUUCUGGGGGUGAGCGGGCCCCCGGGGGGUCGAAGGAGGAGGCAACAACUGGAAUUUUAGAAAAGCCUUUUUCUUUGGGAACUCUUUACCGAGCGCACCGCGAGCGCUGUUUCCGACAAACGGUCACUUGAUUUUCUCCUCUUUUUUUUUAGGAGCACCUUCGGGUUUAGGACACAUAUUUUAGGGAUAUUUCCCCCCCCAGCCGGGGUCGGACCAUGGCGGACGACGACAUCCUCUUUGAAGAUGUGUACGAGCUCUGCGAGGUCAUUGGAAAGGGUCCCUUCAGCGUGGUGAGGAGAUGCAUCAACAGAGAGACGGGCCAGCAGUUUGCGGUGAAGAUCGUGGACGUGGCCCAGUUCACCUCCAGCCCCGGGCUCAGCACGGAGGAUCUGAAGAGGGAGGCCAGCAUCUGCCACAUGCUGAAGCACCCCCACAUUGUGGAGCUGCUGGAGACGUACAGCUCGGACGGGAUGCUCUACAUGGUUUUCGAGUACAUGGACGGAGCAGACCUGUGUUUUGAGAUUGUCAAGAGGGCGGACGCUGGCUUCGUCUACAGCGAGGCCGUGGCCAGUCACUACAUGAGGCAGAUCCUCGAGGCGCUUCGCUACUGCCACGACAACAACGUCAUCCACCGAGACGUCAAGCCUCACUGUGUGCUGCUGGCGUCCAAAGAGAACUCCGCUCCGGUGAAGCUGGGGGGGUUCGGAGUUGCCAUCCAGCUCGGCGAGUCGGGGCUGGUGGCCGGAGGUCGGGUAGGAACUCCCCACUUCAUGGCCCCCGAGGUGGUGAAGAGGGAGCCCUACGGUAAACCCGUGGACGUGUGGGGCUGCGGCGUCAUCCUCUUCAUCCUCCUGUCGGGCUGCCUGCCUUUCUACGGCACCAAGGAGCGUCUGUUUGAAGCCAUCUGCAGGGGCAAAUACAAGAUGAAUCCUCGCCAGUGGGCCCAGAUCUCAGAGAGCGCCAAGGAUCUGGUGAGGCGCAUGCUGAUGCUGGACCCCGCCGAGAGGAUCACCGUCUACGAGGCCCUGAACCACCCCUGGCUGAAGGAGAGGGACAGAUAUGCCUACAAAAUCCACCUGCCAGAGACUGUGGAACAGCUGAGAAAGUUCAACUCUAGGAGGAAGCUAAAGGGGGCUGUUCUGGCGGCAGUGUCCAGUCACAAGUUUAAUUCCUUCUAUGGAGACCCCCCCGAGGAGCUGCACGACUUCUCCGAGGACCCGACCUCCUCAGGACUGCUAGCAGCAGAACGCGCUGUCUCUCAGGUGUUGGACAGUUUAGAGGAGAUCCACGCGCUGACAGACUGCAGUGAAAAGGAUCUAGAUUUCCUUCACAGUGUUUUCCAGGACCAGCAUCUACACACACUGCUCGAUCUCUACGAUAAGAUCAACACCAAGUCGUCCCCGCAGAUCAGGAACCCCCCCAGCGAUGCGGUGCAGAGGGCCAAAGAGAGUUCCUCCCAAGACGAAGCAAGUGGCGCUUUGAGACACCUGGAAGAUGUGCUGGAAGAGAUCUCCUGCUACCCAGAGAACCACGAAGCCAAGGAACUGAGACGGAUCCUGACGCAGCCUCACUUCAUGGCUCUGCUGCAGGCCCACGACGUCGUGGCCCACGAGGUGUACAGUGACGAUGCUCUGAGGGUCACCCCCCCACCCACCUCGCCCUACCUGAACGGCGAGUCCCCGGAGAGCACCAACGGCGACAUGGACCUGGAGAACGUCACCCGGGUCCGCCUAGUGCAGUUCCAGAAGAACACGGACGAGCCCAUGGGCAUCACGCUGAAGAUGAACGAGUUGAACCACUGCAUCGUUGCCAGGAUAAUGCACGGGGGAAUGAUCCACAGACAAGGAACGCUGCACAUAGGGGACGAGAUCCGCGAGAUCAACAGCAUCAGCGUGGCCAACCAGACGGUCGAGCAGCUGCAGAAGAUGCUGAGGGAGAUGCGAGGCAGCAUCACCUUCAAAAUAGUGCCAAGUUACCGGACGCAGGGCUCCUCGUGUGAGAAAGAGUCCCCCAACACCUCCAGGCAGUCCCCUGCCAAUGGCCACUCCAGCAUUAACAGUUCUAUCUUGGACCUGCCGUCCACCAUCCAGCCCAAAGGUCGACAGAUUGUAUCCAGACCUCCAAUCAAGGACAAAAUGUCUGUUAAGAUCUACGUGAGGGCCCAGUUUGAGUACGACCCCUCCAAAGACGAGCUCAUCCCCUGCAAGGAGGCCGGCAUCCGCUUCCAGGUGGGCGACAUCAUCCAGAUCAUCUCCAAGGACGACCACAACUGGUGGCAGGGCAAGCUGGAGAACACCAAGAACGGCACGGCGGGCCUCAUCCCGUCGCCCGAGCUGCAGGAGUGGCGGGUGGCGUGCAUCGCCAUGGAGAAGACCAAGCAGGAGCAGCAGGCCAGCUGCACCUGGUUUGGCAAGAAGAAGAAGCAGUACAAAGACAAGUAUUUGGCAAAGCACAACGCGGACCUCGUCACGUACGAAGAGGUCGUCAAGCUGCCGGCUUUCAAGAGGAAAACAUUAGUUCUGUUGGGGGCCCAUGGAGUCGGCAGAAGACACAUCAAGAACACACUCAUCACCAAACACCCCGACCGGUUCGCCUACCCCAUCCCACACACAACCAGACCCCCAAAGAAGGACGAGGAGGACGGGAAGAACUACUACUUUGUCUCCCACGACCAGAUGAUGCAGGACAUCAGCAACAACGACUACCUGGAGUACGGCAGCCACGAGGACGCCAUGUACGGGACGCGGCUGGAGACCAUCCGGAUGAUCCACCAGCACGGGCACAUCGCUAUACUGGACGUGGAGCCCCAGGCCCUGAAGGUCCUGCGCACGGCAGAGUUCGCCCCGUACGUCGUCUUCAUCGCCGCACCGACGAUCGCGCCGGGCAUCAACGAGGACGAGUCGCUGCAGCGGCUGCAGAAGGAGUCCGAGAUCCUGCAGAAGACCUACGCCCACUGCUUCGACCAGACCAUCAUCAACAACGAGAUCGACGAGACCAUCGGGCACCUGGAGGAGGCCAUCGAUCUGGUGUGCACCACCAGCCAGUGGGUUCCCGUGUCCUGGGUCUACUGACCUGCCCCCCCCAAUGGACACCUCCUCCUCCUCCCCGCCCAAACUCCCACCGUUCCCCCUCUUGAAGAAAGAAUAAAUAAUGAACUUUUAACAGAAAAAUGUAACGGAUGGAACCAGGAAACCCUCCUGGACGCACAAAGGGCCUGCGUCGUCAUAGCGAUGUAUAAAAACAGAGUUUAAACUAAAGUGAAUAUCGUCGUGUCUGUACUAGCUAGGAGGCGACAUUUCUGUGUCCCGUAGUCCUGAACCAUCUGUAGAAAGAAUGAAGUAAACACGUCCCCUCCGCUGUGGACCGGCAUCCGUCCUUAUUUAUUCUGUCUCCUUUUGCAUCGUCAUGAUUCUAUUUCUGCUUUUGGUACAGUUCCAUAAUCACCUUUCAGGUACUGUCUCUUCUAAAUAAAUGUGGUUCAUGAUGCAUGUGGACAUUUGCAAGCUUCCACGCUGUCAGUCAGUGUCCCUCAAGAACCAAAACAAGACAAAUAUAUGUGUGUAAAUACAUUAAAUAAAAACAAAACAUUCCAGCUGUUUGGAAGUCUGAACCCAAGGGACACGAGCACAGCGUGACACCUCUGCACAUCCCUUGCAUUUCAGGUGACGUUUCUAAAGCAGAUUUAUAAAAUAAAGAUCGACCAUGUAGUGAGAUGUUUGUAAAAAAAAAAGAUGUCUUGAUUUGUCGUACAAAAAAGGAAAGAUUUAAAUGAAUUCUUCAUUUGCAAAUGUGAUGUCCAAGAGUAUUAAUGUUUAGACGAGUAAAUACAUUGAUUUUUAUUCUGCAACUGUACAACUGCAAAGAAAGUGUCCACGUGAAUAUGACUCUGCGAUGAUAAAAGUUCAGUACGAACAGUUUUUUUAAAAUACAUUUCCUUUUGUGUUGGAAAAAUGAA